AUGGCGUCUCUGACGAAUCUAAACCCAACUUCAACAGAUCUCGUUCGAAAGAAGAAGAAAUCCUCUGCUUCCUCGUCAUCAUCUCGGAGAACAAUCGCAGAUUCCGUCUCCGAUAGUGAAAUCAACGCGCGAUGGAGAUCAGAGAAGCAACAACGGAUCUACUCCGCCAAGCUGAUCCAAGCUUUGCAACAAGUCCGUCUCAGCUCCUCCGCCGUAUCAUCAUCUCCGGCGGCUCAAAAACGGGGAAAAGCCGUCCGUGAAGCCGCAGAUCGAGCUCUCGCCGUAUCCGCUCGCGGAAGAACGAUCUGGAGCAGAGCGAUCUUAGCUAAUCGGAUCAAACUGAAAUUUCGGAAACAUAAACGGCCGAGAACAACGGCGAUUCCGGCCAUAACCACGGUUGUUUCGACUGGAAGUAGUAGCAGCAACAGAUCGAAGAAACGGAGAGUAUCGGUGGUGAGAUUGAAUAAGAAGAGUUUACCGGCGAUUAACCGGAAAGUUCGUGUUCUCGGCCGGUUAGUUCCCGGUUGUGGUAAACAAUCUGUACCGGUGAUUCUAGAAGAAGCAACUGAUUACAUUCAAGCUCUGGAGAUGCAAGUCAAAGCUAUGAACUCUCUAGCGGAGCUUCUCUCUAGCUACUCUUCAUCAUCAUCAUCCUCCGGUGGUGGCUCAGCUCUUCCUCCGCCGCCGAUUUGA